CUUCUUCGGCAUUAUAGCUGUGCUCUCAUAAAACAGAUUAAACAGCAAAAGGAAUGCUGAAUGGAAAAGCUGUGUUAUUUCCACCUUGCAGGACUUACUGAAAUUUGCCUGGCUGUGUUAAAACRCGAGCCAAAACUCCCACAGGGAGCAUUAGUCUGAGUGAUUCACAUAAACACUCAUAGAAGUCAGCCUUGGUUGAGCUUCCUAGUCAAAUUGGGUAGGUAAUAGCACACAAGCAGCAGAGCCCCUCUUCCCCCUCCUUUAGACAGCACUGUCGAUAGAAACCUACUGCUGUUUAUUCUCUCUGGGAAGCAGCAAGAUGAAUACUGGAUAACAACAGAAAACUUGGGGUCUGGUUGACUUUUAAGAUCAUCUUUCCAGGAGGAGAUCUGAAGAAAGGCAAGUUACCGCCUCUUUUCAGGUAAUAAGGAAUGAGUGUGAUGAUGCACUGGUUGCUGCUCCUCCUUCUCCUGGUCAGCUUUGGCUCACCUGCUCCCAGGUCCUCGGACAAAGACAUCUGCCUCCUGGACAAUAAUAAAUUAAGACAAAGGUUAAAACAACUUCAGGAUUCGCUUUUCUUAUAUGAACUGCAGYUGAAGGACAUCCUGGAGAACACUUACCACAGAACGAAAAGUGGGCUGUUCUCAGGCAACAUGAGUGUGCAGCAUGAGAUGCUUUUACCCACAACCAGUGGGAAUUUGAUUGUGUAUGACCAAGAUUGCUCUGUGGUGUAUAAUCAGAAGAGCACCAAAAGUGGCUACUACCGGAUCAGGCCCAGAGCAGACCGAGAGCCUUUCCUGGCCUUCUGUGACAUGUCUGAUGGUGGGGGCUGGACUGUCAUUCAGCGGCGGAGCAAUGGCAAGGAGAAUUUCAACAGGAAAUGGGAUGAUUACAAACUGGGAUUUGGGGAAUUCCAGGGCAAGAAUGAUGAAUACUGGCUGGGUAACGACCACAUCCAUGACCUACUCACUAGAGGAGAGAACUCAUUAAAGAUUGAUCUGAUGGACUGGCAUGGGGAAAGACGUUAUGCUAUCUAUGAAAAUUUCCAGCUUGCAAAUGAGCAGGACAAUUACAGGUUAUGGUUUGGCACCUAUUCUGGUAAUGCUGGCGACGCUCUGUCUGGUGGGAGCAAUUUUGAAGAUCAGUGGUCAGCCUCUCACAGAGGGAUGCAGUUCACCACAUCUGAUAAGGAUCAUGAUCGAUUCCUGGCAGGCAACUGUGCAUCAGAGAACAAAGGUGGCUGGUGGUUUAACAGGUGCCAUGCUGCAAACCUCAAUGGGCGAUACUACAGAAGAGGGAAGUACAGUGGAUCCCAUGAUGAUGGCAUGGUUUGGUCUACAUGGCAUGGGAUGUGGUACUCACUGAAAUAUUCAGCCAUGAAAAUCAGGGCUCCAUUCUUUGUUGACAGYGAGAGUGGUGAUGGUGAGAACAGUCAGGGCAGAUGAAACCUGCUGCUUUGGAAAGAGAAAAAGCAAGGCUGAAAAGAAUGGUGUAAGCUGAUAGCCACUUCUCUGCCGCUGCCAAUUGCCAAACCUGCAUUUGACAGCUGGAGUUGCACCUGCUUCUGCUGCCUSGAGCUAACAGCCAGACAACAAUUUCAUAGAAAACAUAUGGAUCUUAGACAUGGGACAAACACAGAUUUCUUUUUCAGCAGUUUUCAAUACUUUGUUGAAGAAUGUUUACUGAAAGCUCUCUGAAUAAUGUUUAUUGAAAGCUCUCUGGACUUUGAAGGCUCAAGCAUGUCCUUUAAUCUAUCUAUACUUUUCAAGGUCUAAACUUUUAUCAUUUUGAUUUUAACCAUCGGUAUUUCAGUUAURGGAACAUUACUAUAGAAAGAAAAAGGGGAUGGGGAGUCGGACUUUGUCUGGUGUGCCUUUGGUAGUGCUUUGUUCUGCAUCAGGAGAAUGUUUUUAAGCAACUUUCSCUAUAGUUCCAAUUGCCACGCUUCAGCUGCAGAGCACUCCUGGUGUUUGAAACCAAACCUGUGGAUGGACAUGCUCCAAACUGCUGAUGUGCAUCCAGACUAAGGCUGCUUCAAAGUAAACACCCAUAACAUGGACAGUGUUGGGGUCCAUUCUCACACUUCCUGCUGUGGAUCCACUGCUAGAGUACACAACAAGACAUUAAAGCAGACAAAGACAAUCCUGCCAACCCAGAUUGGAGACCCAGAUUAAAAUGAGGUAGAUUUUACUAAAAUUAGGGUGAGCACAGAUAUUCUUAAGAGUUCCUAAAAUGCAGUCACGAUUCAUUUGUAUAUUCUUCUGUAAUUUGCCAGAUAACUUUGCAUUAGUGAAGAGGAAUCAGAAAGUGGUUGAACCCACAAGGCACACUGCUUUGUCUCACUGGGGUGAAAUGAAAGAGCAACACUGAUGAAUGAAAGAAAUGACUGAAAGAAAUGGAAUACUGAAAAUUUAUUUUCCACAACUGUUAAUAAGAACAGUUAAAAAUGAACAUAUCAGCUUGAUGAAAAUUGUUUAACUAUCAUGCUGUAAAUAAACCUGUUUCCUUCUUUUUCUGAUUUACAACAAUUUUUUAAACUGGCACUUCUUUUCCAUUUACUUGUUUUUAUAUCCAUACAUAUUGUAAUUUGUAUAUAUAUCAUUAAGAGUGAAAUAAAAUCA